CCACCUUUCUCUUUUUGAUCUCCUUUCUCCCUCGUUCUCUAAGGCUUUCCAAGUCAAGAGCCUGACUUCUUAUUCAUCUUGUGGGAGGCCAUGGGUCAUCGCAAGGGAGCCCCGUCCAGAAAGAGGGAACCGAAGGAAUCCAGGCCGUAUUCGGACCACGGAUAUGGCUACAGCGGCGACUACCAGCAGAACCCAUGGGACGAGCACUACCCGGCCGUCUUCGCUACUCCUUGCCAAAGUGUAGAAUCGAGACUUGAGCCCACAUAUCUGGAGAGCGCCGGUUACGAACAAGAUUCGACUUAUUGUGGCAGCGACUUGCAGCAUGUGGAAGCCACGCCUCAUUCCAAGGUGAAGAAGAAGAGCAAGCACUCUUCAAAAGAGUCGAAAUCGGCCCCCUCAGUCCAUCAAUCGGGAUUAGACUUCGGACAUGCAGGAUACCACCCACAUUUUGAGCAACAUACAGAUGGUUAUGCCACCUCGUCCACGCUCUCCGACAAGCUUGCUGACCCGUAUUCAUACGGUCAGGGAACGCUGAGCACCGAACCAGGGGAAGUCAAAGCUGAUGGUCAAACCUACACCGCACAUCUCGAUUCAUACCUAGAACCCACCUACUAUGAUGGUGAGCCCACGAUGGACUACGCUGACCAAGAUAAGACGGAACGGAACGGGCCAGAGAGGCACUACGAUGUCCUUGUAUUCCUUGUAACGUGGCAAGGACAUGGUAUCAGUGCUCUAGAGAGCAACGUUGGACGUCUAGAGCAGGUUUUCCGAGACUACGACUACCAGUUCGAGCACUACGAAAUUCCUCGAACGAAGCCAGGCCCUCAUCUGUCGGAGGCAUUGGCGACAUUGAAACACAGGUUGAGUCCCAGAUCGCUACUGAUAUUCUACUACUACGGGCACGGCAGGCUUGAGGGCAAAAAGCUGGUCUUUUACAGAUCCAAUGAGGCUACGGAGCCGAGCAUUCCCUGGCCAAGCAUUCGAGACACCCUCGUGCCAUACAAAUAUAACACCUUAUUCAUACUCGAAUGUUGCCACGCUGGCGGGGCAAAUAUUGGCCCCUUGGGGCAUCGCUUCACCAAGUUGGUUUUAGCCGCUUGCGGAGCCAGGACAACCGUUUCUUCACGCAUAUAUGAUUCCUUCGCGGCGGCUCUCUGUGAGAUUCUAGAGGAGCGCAAGACCAGAAAGAGGCCUACCACAGUCAGGGAAUUGACUGGUCUGGUCAGCGAAUACUUGUACAGGCGCGGCACCCCCAUCAUGGGGUUUCCUAAGCUCAUUGGCAAAGAUGGCGACGACAUUAUCCUCAGCCCGGGACUUGGUAGUUGGUGAGAGAAUUGCUUUAGUCGGUGAGAGAAUUUCCCGCAGAAUAGAGCCUGUCCUGAUAUUGCGGGAUGCGGUUUAUGGCGUUGUAAUCUCGGAUGUGAAUGCAUCAAGAUAGGGGCUGGAUGAUAGCUUCGCGGGGCGCUUUUUUCAUUUCCUUUGAGACUUGAUUCCCGGUUUCUUCCAAUGACAGUGCGCUUCAUCUCUACAAUCCAGGAGCUCUCUUGUCUGUUACCGAGUAUUAAAAUGUCGAUUGCCUUUCCUAACACCGACGUCCCGCAUUGCUUGAGAUUUCGAAGCUUAAGUAAUUACAGGCUAUUUCUAUCUAAUUCUCUGCACAGAGAAGCAAACCACCG